ACCCUCAAUUUCUGUUGAAACGAAAGUGGGCACCAAAUGGUGCACUGUUAUAAAUAAUUCGUGCUGUUGUUGUUGUUGUUGUUAUAAAUAAAAAUAAUUUAUUUCACUGCGCCAAUUGAACACGUGAAGAAACAAGACUAUUUUUUCGUGUAGGAGCAAUAAAGAUUCGAGCUAGUAUGCUGAAGCACUGUGAAUAAUUUUACCAAUAUUUUAUAAACAUAGCAUGUUCAGUGAAACAAUGCUACGACCAGUACAAGUGUUUUUCAAUCAAAUACGUACCAAAGUAUACAGAAGUACUCCAAAAGUCUGGAAAGAAAAUGAUGGUGUGAAGUAUGGUUUGGUAACUUAUUUCCCAAGACACAAAAAUGAGGUUGACCCACCAAUCACACCAACAAAACUUCUGCUGGUAGAACGUGUAGAAAAAGUCAAGGGAAAUCCAUAUUGGCAUAAAAAAAUACUUGCCCAAAUGCAUCUUGAUGUUGAGAAUAGAAAGAAACAAACCACCGUUGUUAAAAACACUCCAGAAAUAUGUGCUAUGCUCUGGCAGAUAAAACAUUUGAUUAAAGUCACACCUAUACAACUACCGGAAAAUCUUCCUGACAAUGAAGACUCUGUAAGCACAUACCUUCAUGAAAAUGGAAAGCUUAUGGUAUUUCCCAAAAUCGAUGAAAAAAGAUAUAAAGCAACAGAGGAUUUUAUCAACAAUCCUAAAAAACUAGAUAAGGAAACAAUUAAGGAACAACUUCGAAGGGAAUGGUUAGAAAGAUAAGUGAAAAGUUUACUUGCAAACUUAAACGUACUUUAAAAACUGUAAUAAUGUAAUAAAUUAAAUUUCUAA